CAGGCCUGCAAGCAAAGUCACAACAAUUUAACGACAUUCACGAUCUGUUGACUCCGGAAGUUGUACAAUAAUCAUGGAUACGACAAUAGCGAAGCAAUUGGUGGACAAGAUGUACGAGAAGCGGAAGGCGGCUGCACUUGACCUUGAGAAGCUUGUUCGAGAAUGCCACCUGCAGGGCGAUGAACGGCGCAUCGACCAGAUAGUGGACCAGCUCAUUGACAUGUUCACCGGCGUAACGAACGCAUUGCACGUACGAAAUGGAGGACUUAUCGGCCUCGCAGGAACCGCCAUCGCUCUCGGAGUCGAUAUUGCGCCGUACAUGGACAAGUUCCUCGACCCGCUUCUUAGUUGCUUCACGGACCCGGAGAACAGAGUGCGCUACUUCUCAGCUGAAUGUCUAUACAACAUCGCGAAGGUCUCGAAGGGAGAGGUGCUGGUGUAUUUCAACCCUAUAUUCGAUGCACUCAGUAAGCUCGCCGCCGACUCGGAACUCUCUGUCAAAAACGGCGCCGAACUCCUAGACCGCCUUCUCAAAGACAUCGUCGCAGAGUCCGCAUCCUUCUACGUCCCACAAUACCCCGAAACAGAGAAGGCGCGAAUACGAACCGAUGAGCGAGACGCCGACCUUGGUAUUGUGGUUCCACACCCGGAUGACCUUGAUUCGGCAGAGCCGGGCACUAAACGCGCCUUCUCCCUUGCACGUUUUAUUCCAUUGCUCUCUGACCGGAUAUAUGUCCUCAACCCAUUCACACGAAGCUUCUUGGUGUCGUGGAUCACGGUGUUGGACUCGGUCCCGGAAUUGGAGCUUAUCACUUAUUUGCCUGAGUUCCUGGACGGACUUCUGAAAUAUCUUUCCGAUCCCAAUGAGGAUGUACGCAUUGCCGCUGAGAACCAACUGGGAGAAUUUUUGCGAGAGAUUCGAGAAGUCACGAUCGUGCGCAAACACAACGAGGAACAAGAGGCUCGUCUACGAGAGCGAGACGAGCAAGAGGCUCGUUCCGACGGUGGCGGCGAGAAGGAGAAGCAGACAACCUCGGACAUCGCUCUUGGUGCUGCAGAUAACACGUCAUUCCUAAACCACAAUGAUACUUUCUCGGAGAAGGGGGACGCAGUCUCCGACAUUGACGAGCGGGAUACUGGUGCGUGGUUGCCAGGUCAAGGCGUUCGGAUUGACUAUGCCGCCAUUAUCGAGAUCCUGAUACGACAGCUUGAUAUCGACCACGACGAGAUCCAACAGUCUACAGCCCUGCAAUGGCUCGCCGAAUUUGUAACCUUCGCCCCUGAAGUCAUCAUCCCCUUCAUACCACGUCUUAUACCCGCAAUUCUUCCAAAUCUUGCCCAUCAUGUUCCCAUGAUCCAAGCUUCCGCCAUCCGGACCAACAAACUCAUGACCAACGUUGUCCAAUCUCUACCUGUUCCUCCAACAUCUGAACCUCCAACACGACAAUCCACAAAUCUGGCAUCUUCCACGAUCGAGCGGCCAACUUCAUCCCGUAGCAUCAAUGUUCCUCCCUCGCCCGUACACAAUUCACCCGCACCAGCGCGACAGCCAACACUUCCGCCACAAAGCCAAACCCGGGACGUUCACUCGCCCGAACCCGCUCUGACCGACUCUACCAUCGUCCCAUCAACACCCAGCCAACCGCCAAGCAAUCUCACAUUGCAGAAGCGAAAUAGUCUGCAGAACGAAGCUACAGCUGGAACUCCGAGACCAUUAGCCCCUAUCAAUGUCGAUGCGGCUCAACAGUCCGCUGGUCAGAAUGUAAAUACCACGCGGACUCAUUCCCCGACGUCGAUGAGGAGUGGCCACCAAGACAGGGAGCGAGAGAAGGAUAGAGAGAGAGAACGGCCUGAGGAAUUCGACUAUCAGGCAACUGUGAAUGCGCUUACGAUACAGUUCUUGAGUGAGCAUGAGGAGACGAGAGUGGCGGCAUUGAAGUGGCUGAUAAUGCUGCACCAGAAGGCUCCGAAGAAGAUCUUGGCGAUGGACGAUGGGACGUUCCCUGCGCUGUUGAAGACGCUGUCCGACUCGUCAGAAGAGGUCAUCAAACACGAUUUACAGCUCCUCGCACAAAUUUCGUCGAGUUCGGAAGAGAGUUACUUCAAGGCUUUUAUGAUGAACCUGCUUGAACUGUUCAGCACGGAUAGGAGAUUACUCGAUACUCGGGGGAGCCUCAUAAUCCGGCAGCUUUGCCUUAAUCUCAAUACCGAACGGAUAUACAAGGCGUUCGCUGAGAUACUUGAGAAGGAAGAAGACCUCGAGUUUGCGAGCGUUAUUGUGCAGAAGUUGAACCUAAUCCUCAUCACCUCACCAGAGUUAGCGGACUUCAGGAAACGGUUGAAGAGCUUAGAAACUCGGCAAGACGGACAAGCGCUCUUCGUCACGCUUUACCGAUCGUGGUGUCAUAACGCCGUCUCUGUGUUUUCACUUUGUCUCCUUGCACAAGCCUACGAGCAUGCGUCAAAUCUCCUGAGUAUUUUCGCCGACUUGGAGAUCACCGUCCCACUGCUUGUACAAAUCGACAAGCUGGUGCAGCUUAUCGAGUCACCUGUUUUCACAUAUAUCCGCCUGCAGCUACUUGAACCCGACCGCUACCCCUACCUUUUCAAGUGCCUUUAUGGUCUCCUCAUGAUUCUGCCCCAAAGCACCGCAUUCGUCUCCCUCAGAAACCGUCUCAACGCUGUCAACUCCGCAGGGUUCCUUCACAUAGCCCCUAAACCCACCGUCGCGUCCAUGUCAAGUACACGUUCGAAACUGACCCGCGACGAAAUCAAGUGGCCCGAACUCCUCUCCCACUUCCGCUCCGUCCAAGCCCGUCACGAAAAAGCCCGUCGAGCAGCUCUCGGAACCUCUCUCGACGUCUCUUCUUUCAACGCCAACGCCGUUCCUAGCAUCUCCGUUUCGAGUAAUCAAUCUGACGGCGACCGCGACGGACGUUCAGGGUCACGUCCGCAAAUGAGGAGAAGGGUGACGGGGUCGGGUGGAGAGCCACCGGGUGGCGGUGGUUCUGGGUCAGGACAGGGUAUCCCGCCUAGUGGGAGACCGCCUUCAAGGUCUGGGGCGUUGAGUCCGUUGAAUCCGAGAGCGAGGGUUCAGGGCGGGUUGUUGGCUUCUGCGUUGUCGGGGCAGAACCAGAACGGAGCGAAGACGAAGAGGGGACUUAGUCUGAGUAGGAAGUCAUGAGGAGUGUAUGGGAUUGCAUGGUUUGAUCGGCGUUAUCAACAGACGAUUUUCUCGCUAUGUUUUCGCUUUCAUUCUCUAGGAUAAGGAUAUUCCUAUUCUGUUUGGUGGCCUGUAAUACCUUUCCUCGGUUCUUUUCUUGGAACUUUGCAGUCAUCAGCUUACGCUUCACACUUGGGCACCCCCUGCAGCCUCGGUAUACUAGGUUAGGGUGACGGAUGUGAAGACGGACAGU